UUUCCAGAGGCCACACCCCUAUUUCUGAGUCACCCACACCAGCUAGUGCAGGCACAGGGAGCAAGAGAGUGCCAGUCACUCACCCAAAGCAGAGGCAGGAUUCCAGCAUGUCAGAGAAGUCAGAGGGCUCAAAGGAACCAAAAGAGUUAAAGGAUCUCAUGCCCACGGAGAGGAAGACCGUGUGGAGGAAUGCAGAUGAGAGGAGGAUGUCUGACCUCACUCGGGUGCUGGAGUGGCUAGAGAGGAGGAAGGGGAAGAGGAAGCAGCCUGCCCAGAAGCAAAAGGUCAUGGUGGUGGAGCCCCCAAAAGCAAAGGUAAAGGAAGCAAAGAAGGUCAAAGGUCUCUUGAAGCAGCAAGAAGGGAGCGCCAAAAUGAAAUACCUGGAGCAGGCCAUAGGGCAAAGCUCCAGGAAGUCUACACGCUCCAGCGUAUUGUACCAAGGGCCUUUUGGAGCGGAGCAAAGGCGCCUGAGCAUGUUCCCAGGCAUCUAUGACAAGGAAGGUCCCAGAAGAUCAGAGUUAGACAUCAAGGAUGCAAUGGCUCUAGAGUCCACUACACGACCAAACACAUUCCGUCGCCAAAGCAUAUAUGCGGAUCCCUCGGCACAGGAUAGCACCUUUGGCAGCCGAAGAAUGACCGUGAUGAAAGACUGGCCAGCCAGGACCUCCGACAUCGCUUUUGAACGCAAGUUAAAGAGCCUCAUGGAGAAGGGCACUGAACCCAAGAUAGAAAGUGUGAAAAUGCUGAAGCCAGAGGAAGUGCUGAGCUGCCGAUACCUGAGGUUGUCCAAGAACAACAUCCGGACCUUGUUCAAGCUGUGCAAGGAUGUGGGUCUGAACAUGGACAUCCACCCUCACAUGACUGAAACGGAGAUAGAUGUUCAAAAAGUGUUCCCCGCAAACCGUGAAGCAGAGCCCUGAACAGCUCCUCUCCCUGGCUACCUUCCAGCUCCUUCUGCUGUCAGACCUGGGCCACCAGAUGCUAUCUUCUGGUAUAGUGCAACUGGCCCUGGAGACUUAGCACAUCUCUUUUAGAUGGUAGCAAUCAGAAAAGCAUCACAGA